UGCAAAUACACAAGCUGAAUUUCUCAACGAUACUGGGGUCUCUGAGUAAUGGAGGUGACUCUAUCUAUAAUUGCUGUGUUUCACAACAGAUAUUGACAUCUCAAUGCUCUGUAUAAAAGGACCAAGUUAGGAAGACCAACAUCAUUGACUAUUUUAACCUCACAUUUUCCUGACAUAUAACUUGCUGAUCUCUACCUGAGAAUCAUGUCUGGAGUUAAGGGAGGACAACAGAAGAAAGGCCAAGAACCAUGCCCAGAGCCAUGCCCUCCACCCCAGCAAUGCCACAAGCCUUCCAAGCCACUGUGUCCUGAACCUGUGCAAAAAUGUCCACCUCCUCAAGCUUGUAAGCCAGUGUGCCCUGAGCCAGUGCAAAAAUGCCCACCUAUUCAAGAACCUUGCAAGCCAAUCCAACAGUGCCCCCAGGACAAGCAAUGCGUGAAGAAAUGAUUGAAGCGUUUCAAACCAUCUUUAUCAUUCAAAAGAACUAUUUCUCCAAAAAAUACACAUGUAUAAAUUAAUUGUUUAAUUAUCAAUUAUAUACAAAACUGUGUAACUGCAUCUAUAGCAAUAUGCAUUGUUACCAAAAUGUUCUACUGUGUAUAAUAUUGUAUGCCCCCAAAUAAAGA